UCAGAGCUUCCUCCUGGCCAUGCUGUUCUGCGCCUAGCUUGAGAAGGGUGGCUGCCUAGAGUCUGUAGAACCAUGUCUAAUAGCCAGGCAAUGCCUUCCGAUCCUGGUAUAACCAUGUGUAAUACCCAGGCAACGCCUUCCGACCCUGGUAUUACCGUGGCACAUCCCAAGAAGCGCUAUUACAGGCAGAGAGCUCACUCUAACCCAAUGGCCGAUCAUACAUUCCAGUACCCAGUGAAACCUGAAAUAAUGGACUGGUCAGAAUACUACCCUGAUUAUUUCAAACCCUUGGUACCAGACAGUGCCCAUGAUGAUGCCAAGGAUUUACAAGAGAGAAAGGAACAGCAUCAGGUGGAGUUUGCAGACAUCGGCUGUGGAUAUGGCGGUCUGUUAGUUGAGUUAUCACCUCUAUUCCCAAACACACUUAUGCUGGGACUGGAAAUCCGAGUGAAGGUUUCGGAUUAUGUGCAGGACAGGAUCAAAUCUUUGAGAGCUUCCCAUCUGGGUCAGUACCAGAAUAUUGCCUGCAUUCGUAGCAACGCCAUGAAGUACAUUCCCAGCUUCUUCAAAAAAGGCCAGUUGAGCAAGAUGUUCUUUUUAUUCCCUGAUCCUCACUUUAAGAAGACAAAGCACAAGUGGAGGAUUAUUAGUCCUACUUUGCUGGCAGAAUAUGCCUAUGUGCUACGAAUUGGGGGUAUGGUGUACACUAUAACAGACGUGGAAGAGGUUCACACGUGGAUGGUAAAGCAUUUCACCGAGCAUCCUCUUUUUGAGCGAGUUGCAAAAGAAGAGCUGGUCAACGAUAUUGUCGUGGGGAAGCUGGGUACCUCCACAGAAGAAGGAAAAAAGGUCCAGAGAAACAAAGGGCUGAACCUUUUGGCAGUAUUUCGCCGCAUAGAAAACAGUACGUUUAUACAAAGAGACUCCCAGCAGUAGGAUGGAUGAUAUCUCUAACCUGACUUGUUUUAUGUUUCCAAUGAAAAUCUGAUGGACUGAGCAAUCUAGAACUUUUUCUUUAGGUCAUUUUGUGUUAUACAUUACAGAAUCUGCCAAGCACAAUAUAAAAAGGGGGCGCAGCAGAAGAGGCAGAUACAGACCAAUGAUCUUGUCUUCUAAAUUAUUACACAAUUUAUACAGAGCAUUUUUAUUGGCAGGAUUUAAUUUGUGUGCAGAAUUAGUGCUGUUAUAGAUAUCUCCACUUCUGUAUUUACUGUGCUUGAGCAUUAAGCCAGUAUUUUGAACAAAACAAAUGCAUGAAAUGAGGUUGCUGUGUAUUUAAAGGGAACUAUCAGGAAAUAGAAAAUUUGGUAAUAAUUUUGUUCAUAUAAGUUUCAUCUUAUGGAAAUUAAAAUUCCCUUAAUAUGAUUAAUUAAAUUCUGUACCAUUUCUGAAAUAAUUUAGUUAAUCUUUUAGUUUUUAGUAUUCCCCUCUCAGCAAUCUGUCUCUAUGCAGGAGUCAGAUUUUUUUUUUAGGCCCUGUUAUAUUCUCACGAUAGUUCCUCUUUAAGAACAGAAGCACAUUCUUCUUUUCACCCCUCUUCACUUUUAUAUUCCCAGUUAACUGCCUAUGUUGCACUGUGGGCUGGUAUCAAAGGCCGACAUAAAGGUGCUUUAGAAGAAAUGUUCAUGUUAAUGAACAAAGCAAUAAAGUCAACUGUAAAAUUAUUUUAAUAAAUAAGUGUUGCUUUCAUAAAGCAAUAAUAU